GUUGUUCACGAACGUCUCGCUGGUGUGCACUGUCCUUUUGCGGUCCGUGUGCCCUGUUUGUGACCACUGCCCCGCUUGCCCUCGUCCUUUGCGUGUCGGUGAGCCCCAACGGCACCAACUGACCGCGACUGGUUGGCUGCUCGAAUAGUGCCCUCUGUUACAUAACACGAUCGCGCAGAUACAUUUGAACUGCCGGUAACACAAAAUAAUCACCCACCAUGGAGGACGGCCAUAGCAAGACCGUCGAUGAAGUCCUUAGCCACUUCCGCGUCGAUCCGGAGAGGGGUCUCUCGCUCGACCAGGUGAAGGAAUACCAGAAGAAGUAUGGACCCAAUGAACUACCCGCUGAAGAAGGAAAGACACUCUGGCAAUUAGUGCUUGAACAGUUCGAUGAUCUUCUCGUUAAGAUUCUGCUGUUGGCCGCUAUCAUUUCUUUUGUACUAGCUCUGUUUGAGGAACAUGAAGGUGUUGAAGCUUUCGUUGAACCGUUCGUCAUUCUGCUGAUCCUGAUCGCCAACGCCGUCGUCGGUGUGUGGCAGGAGCGCAAUGCCGAGUCCGCCAUCGAGGCGCUGAAGGAGUACGAGCCGGAGAUGGGCAAGGUCAUCCGCGGCGACAAGUCCGGUGUGCAGAAGAUCCGCGCCAAGGAGAUCGUCCCUGGUGAUGUGGUCGAGGUGUCGGUCGGCGACAAGAUCCCGGCCGAUAUCCGCCUGAUCAAGAUCUACUCCACCACCAUCCGUAUCGAUCAGUCCAUCCUGACCGGUGAGUCCGUGUCCGUGAUCAAGCACACCGAUGCCGUCCCGGACCCGCGCGCCGUCAACCAGGACAAGAAGAACAUUCUGUUCUCCGGCACGAACGUCGCCGCCGGCAAGGCGCGCGGUGUCGUCAUCGGCACCGGUCUGAACACUGCCAUCGGUAAGAUCCGUACCGAGAUGUCGGAGACGGAGGAAAUCAAGACGCCGCUGCAGCAGAAGCUGGACGAGUUCGGUGAGCAGCUGUCGAAGGUCAUCUCGCUGAUCUGCGUUGCCGUCUGGGCCAUCAACAUCGGACACUUCAACGACCCCGCCCACGGUGGCUCCUGGAUCAAGGGUGCCGUGUACUACUUCAAGAUCGCCGUCGCUCUGGCCGUCGCCGCCAUCCCGGAGGGUCUGCCCGCUGUCAUCACCACCUGUCUGGCGCUGGGUACGCGCCGCAUGGCCAAGAAGAACGCUAUCGUCCGCUCGCUGCCGUCCGUGGAGACGCUGGGCUGCACCUCGGUCAUCUGCUCGGAUAAGACCGGUACGCUGACCACCAACCAGAUGUCCGUGUCGCGCAUGUUCAUCUUCGAGAAGAUCGAGGGCAACGACAGCAGCUUCACCGAGUUCGAAAUCUCCGGAUCCACCUACGAGCCGAUCGGUGAGGUCACGCUGAACGGACAGCGCAUCAAGGCCGCCGACUACGAGACGCUGCACGAGCUGGGCACGAUCUGCAUCAUGUGCAACGACUCCGCCAUUGAUUUCAACGAAACGAAGAAGGUGUUCGAGAAGGUCGGUGAGGCCACCGAAACCGCCCUGAUCGUGCUGGCUGAGAAGCUGAACCCGUUCAACGUUGCCAAGCAGGGACUGGACCGCCGCUCGUCGGCCAUCUGCGUCCGCCAGGAGAUCGAAACCAAGUGGAAGAAGGAGUUCACCCUGGAGUUCUCGCGCGAUCGUAAAUCCAUGUCCUCGUACUGCACCCCGCUGAAGGCUUCCAAGCUCGGCAACGGACCGAAGCUGUUCUGUAAGGGCGCUCCGGAAGGUGUGCUGGAGCGUUGCACGCACGCUCGCGUCGGCUCGACCAAGGUGCCGCUGACCCAGACGCUGAAGCAGCGCAUCCUGGAACUGACCCGCACGUACGGUACCGGCCGUGACACGCUCCGCUGUCUGGCCCUGGCCACCGCCGACAGCCCGAUGAAGCCGGAAGACAUGGACCUGAACGAUUCGACCAAGUUCUACACGUAUGAGGUGAACCUGACCUUCGUCGGUGUCGUCGGUAUGCUGGACCCGCCGCGUAAGGAAGUGCAGGACUCGAUCGUUCGCUGCCGCGCUGCCGGUAUCCGCGUCAUUGUGAUCACUGGUGACAACAAGGCCACCGCCGAAGCUAUCUGCCGCCGUAUUGGUGUGUUCGGAGAGGAUGAGGACACCACCGGCAAGUCGUACUCGGGUCGCGAAUUCGACGAUCUGUCCGUGUCGGAGCAGCGUGAAGCUUGCGCCCGUGCCCGCCUGUUCUCGCGCGUCGAGCCGGCCCACAAGUCCAAGAUCGUGGAGUUCCUGCAGAGCAUGAACGAAAUCUCCGCCAUGACGGGUGACGGUGUCAACGACGCGCCCGCCCUGAAGAAGGCCGAAAUCGGUAUCGCCAUGGGUUCGGGUACCGCCGUCGCCAAGUCGGCCGCCGAGAUGGUGCUGGCUGACGAUAACUUCUCCUCCAUCGUUGCCGCUGUUGAGGAAGGUCGUGCCAUCUACAACAACAUGAAGCAGUUCAUCCGCUACCUGAUCUCGUCCAACAUUGGUGAGGUCGUGUCCAUCUUCCUGACGGCCGCCCUGGGUCUGCCGGAAGCUCUCAUCCCCGUCCAGCUGCUGUGGGUCAACCUGGUCACUGACGGUCUGCCAGCUACUGCCCUCGGCUUCAACCCACCGGAUCUGGACAUCAUGACCAAGCCGCCGCGCAAGGCUGAUGAAGGUUUGAUCUCUGGCUGGUUGUUCUUCCGUUACAUGGCCAUUGGUGGAUAUGUCGGUUGCGCUACCGUUGGAGGUGCCGCCUGGUGGUUCAUGUUCUCCGAGACUGGCCCGCAGCUGUCCUACUGGCAGCUGACUCACCAUCUGUCCUGCCUGGGCGGUGGCGAGGAGUUCAAGGGUAUUGACUGCAAGAUCUUCAACGAUCCGCACCCAAUGACCAUGGCUCUGUCCGUGCUGGUCACCAUUGAGAUGUUGAACGCCAUGAACAGCUUGUCUGAGAACCAGUCCCUUGUCCAGAUGCCGCCAUGGUGCAACAUUUGGCUGAUUGCCUCCAUGUGUCUGUCGUUCGCUCUCCACUUCGUCAUCCUCUACGUUGACGUUCUUUCCACCGUUUUCCAAGUUACUCCACUGGACGGCAAUGAGUGGAUGACCGUCAUGAAGUUCUCGCUGCCGGUCGUGCUGCUGGAUGAGAUCCUGAAGUUCGUCGCCAGAAGGAUUUCGGACGGUGAGAGUUACAUAAAAAAUAUGCAUGGACUAGUGUUAGCGUGGGCCGUGUUCUUUGCUUACAUCAUAUGGGGUCCAUAAUGGCAGUGAGCGUGCGCGCGAAGAUAACAGAACAUCUGCGAAUGCUGCUGCUACCUACCACUACUACUACUAGUACUACCUUAUAACUUCUGCCACUGCUGCGUUGCCACCAGAGAAGGGGGCAACGACAACACGGGGUGGGAAAGUCGGGAAGUAUAAAGGAUACGUUCACAACAUCAACCCAACACCACCAUACACACGGAGGAGAUAGAGCAGGCAGAGUUAGAAGCAGGAAUGUGGACGCUCGGCAGUCGGCACGUCACAGAGAAUGUAGUAUACCACCACCACUAGCACCACGGACACCCCGUCACAGCAUUCAUAUAGCACGCAUAAUAUAAAACAAUAGAUAUAUAUAUAUAUAGGCACACACACACACAUCAUCCAUUCAUACACUUUCUCUCUCUCUCUUAAUCGGCAUUAUGGAUCGGUUUUGUUGCUCAUCGUAGGGGAAAAUCCAAUUGCACAGUAGUUGUUAUCAUGUACUCGCCCCCUCGACCCAAUCAUUUGAACCGCGUUUGAGCAACGCGGGGAAGAGUGUGUAUUAAAUAAUUCAAAUACACAGCCGUAUCGAAAGCUCUCCUCCACGUUUCUACAGCACUGUGCUGAACGGGGAGGACAGGAUAAGCAACAUAUAGCAAAUAUGAGGAAAUAAAAACGGGGGAAAACACCGAAAAGAUGGUGUUUAAAGAUAGAAAUACUAGAGAGAGAGAGAGAGACAAGACAAAAGCAUAGAAUCAUUUAAUCCCUAUUUGUGUGCCGGGUGUGUGUGUGUGUGUGGUGUGACGGGCGGGUUGUGGCUCCUCACCCCUGCCCUCUGUGUCACGCCGUUUGUUUGCGAGAUAGUUUGCCGCCUUCUGUUUGUUUAUUUUUUUUUUUAGAUCGUUACUAUUAUAAUCCAUUACUUAGAGCAAAAGCUACUUUCUAUCUCUUUGAUUGAUGCUUCGAUGCGCACCUUUUGCGUGCGCGGUGCGCGCUCUCCCCAUAGCGCGCAUCCAGAUGCGUUUGAAAUGUUUAGCGAAUAUCGAUUUUGUAAAGUUUAGAUAACAAAACACGACCGUCGUGGUGUGUGUGGUGACCGGUGUAGAAUCGUUUGAGCUUUCUUCUGCGCACUGCGCCGGGGUAGAGGAAAACGUUUAGCGGAAAGGGAUGGAGUAGUACAGGGCAGAGCUAGAACAGCCGGAGCGUGUGAUUACUUUUAGUAUGCGCUCCUCGGCGCGCAGCAUCGAUUAACGGCAGACAGUCAGUCACACGCUACGAGUCAAUGCGUGUGUGUAUGUGUUUGUGAGCGGGUAAUGAUAAUGUGCAGCUCGAAGGAUAUAUGCAGCAAGGCGUUUGCAUAUAUCUGUGGAAGGAAAACGAAUAUUCGAGAGGGGUUAGAAAAAAGGAUAGGGAAAGCUCACAUAAAUAGUGUUGAUACUGUUGUUCAUAUUUGAUUCUUAGGUAGGUUCCUAUCUCUCUCUCUCACACCCACACACAUCGUUAACGUGACAAUCCCGUUAUAUGUGGAUUUCUCACAUACAUAUUUGCAUCCGUUUUUGGUUCCUCAAACAUUCAAAAUAACAGCUCAGUUUGUCACCAACACACACAUAUAGACAGACAGGCUUUAGGAAGCGAACGUUUAGCAGCAGCAGGAGCAGGGAGAUGGGAAAUUAUUUUACCAACUUUACUGAAGGUUAAAAGUUGUAGCAAAUGUAGAGAGGCGCUUUAGCAGUUUGGUUUUAAAAAAAUCUCAGCAGUAUGAGCGUGUGGUACACGUGUGGACCCCAUAUGCAUAAAAAACUUGCGUACUAUUGUGUGUACUAAGGCUUCAGCUGGAUGGGCGACGAGCUCAACCACCAUACAUCCAAUCUCUCAUCACAUGCGGCAAAAGGGCGUCCGAAUCGCCACCCCGUAUGUGCGUGCGUGUGUGCAUAAUAGCAGUAAUGAGGUGUGAGCAAAAACUGUGUGAGCGCUGUUUACAAGAUACUUACUACUACUUUUAAUGCUAUCCCAAGAUGAUACCCACAACCAACAUCCCAAACUUCUACAAUUACACAUUACCCCAAAAACACUUUAUUUUUUUCCCACACAACACAAUGGCGGCCCUCUGCCUCGCUCUCUCUCCCUCUCUGACUGGGCUGUGGGCGUCGUCUGCGUGUUGUUGUGGUCAGCCAAAAUUAACCACACACAACACAACACAACAAACAUCAGUCAUCAGCGUAUGAGGGAGAAGCGUUUAAUUUGUAAACCUAUUUUUAUAUGCCAAAACAUGUUUCUAACCAUACAACGAAGAAAAUAUGGUGGUGCCGCUUACUACAAAGGAGAGUGUGUGUGUUUUCUUUCCCCAUUUUGUUUUCCCUCGUGUGCAUUUUCUUUUCUAUUGCGUUUGUUUGUUUGAUUGGCUUACAUCUUGCAUCUUUGCAAAAAAAAAAAACAUAAUUAAAGGAGCUUUUCCAAUCUUAAAUAUAAGACACAAUGUAAAGGCGGAAGAACGUUCACAACUAACCUCCUUCCCUCCUCUACUAUACGACCACCAAAUCGAGCACACACCUACCGAACAGUCAGUGUCCUCCAAACCCCGACAAUGCAUCUAAGUUUAUAAGCCCCUCACAGCACACAUACAUACAAAAAAAAAAUACACACAUACACAGUUGAGAAUGAUAUGCUGCUUCAGCGAUUUCCUACGAUCGCGAAAACACGCAUCUCUGUCUCUCUCGCUCACUUUCUUAUUUUCUAACCUUUUCCAUCCUCUAAGUUUGUUCUUUUGCUGAGCGUGAAUUACUUAACUUAUUUAAACAAAAACAAAAAACGGAACAAACGAAACAGCAAAACGUUUAACCCCCGGGGGAAGAGGGCGUGUUUCUUAUUGUGUAUAAGAAGAAGAAGAAGAAGGGUGUGGUGUUACAUUUCCGGGGGGAAUUAGUAGGAAACGUACCAUGGAGUACAUGGUGUACGUAUGUGAACGUCUCUCAUACACAUAAGUCAUCCAAGAUAUGGAAUGAACGACGAAACAAACAAAAAAACGGGCGAAAAGAAGAGGUUUAAUGAGAAAAAAAGAAGAAAACGAACGAUCGUUUGUUUAUUGCUUAACGAUGACACACACGCAACACAAGAUACCCAGAUGAAGGUUACUCCGUCUGAGGUCUCUUGAUAAGCAAAAAGUAGAUAAGAAAGGGAAAUUAAUGUUAUUGCUAUCUAUAUAACUACUAUUACUGCUACUACUACUACUACUACUACUAUCAUACUACACACUUCAUACUUGAACUCUUUCGCACAACAGGCGAAACUCCUUUUAUUACAACGAUUUUGCAGCAAAUAUAUAUUAGGCAUGUUAUGUGGGUUUAGUUUCGGUUUGGGUGUAGAGAAGGAAUCGUUCGUUUCGUUUCGUUUUGCUUUUGUGUUGCUACCGUUUUUGACGCUGGUUAGAACGGCAUAAUUGGCCUCUCAAAACGAGGGGGGCUUUUUGGGUAAAACCAUGAGACUAAAUGAUCGUUGAUGAUGGUGGUGGUUGUUGUUUACUGAUGAUGAUGAUGAUGAUGAUACAGCGUGUGCCUAAAAGGGUAUAAAAGGGAAUUUUAAGAAAGAGGGGACAUUUUGGAAAAUCCCUUUUGGUAAAUAGUUGUGCACCGGCUUGAAUUCCAUCCGAUAGCGAUCGCGAUUCGCUACACACACAGAAAUAGUUGCUUUAAACAUAACUUGGGAAUGUUGUUAGAUAGGGUUUUUGCAUACCUUUUCAGUAGUGUCGAAGAGGGAAAAGGAUUCAUUAGUUUGCUUGCAAUUUAAUGCUUUUUAUACGAUUCUUUUGUAUUCUCUCCUGUUUGAUGUGUGCAUCUCAUCAUUCAUGUCCUUUUUUUUUAGUUUAUUUUGCACUCUCGUACUGCUCGCCAGCUCAUAGACGUUUUAUUGUUGUAUGGCGAGCGAGAGAGCAGGGAGAAAAGAAGGAGAAGAAGGGGCAUUGUGCGUGUACAAGCGCAGAGAUGGAGUGUCGAUUAUUGUCGAACUCUUUUGGAACGUUUUUUCUCUUACUUUAUUUUUUACAAGAAGUCAGUAGUGAAAACAAGAAAAUAAUCAAUUGGGGAAAAUCGAGUCCGCCAUGGGGAUUAGUUUUCUUUAAACGAUCACUAAUCUCAACGCCCCCCCCCCUCCCUUCCCAACCGGGUCAGCCCCAGCUCUAGCACAUGUUUGGGCAAUGGGGGGGCCCGUCGACGAAAGCGUUGGACGUUUUAAACUUGAAGAGCAGCAAGCACCUAUUGUGCUUGUGGGGGUGAAAAGUAAUCGUUGUGUUUUUUCCCCCAUUCCAAAAAUGGUACAAGAUAAGAUCGUUUUCCUCCCCCUUGCAGUUGUUAGAAUCGAGCAAGAGCACCAUGAAUCAUUAACAGUAAACACAUAAAAUCAGUAAAACUUAUUAAAAAAAGGAAAACGAAAGGGCGGUGAAAGAUAAAGGUUAAUAAGAAGAAACCACAACCCCCACUAGUAAGAAUGCAAUAACAUUUAUCAUACAGAACAAGCAGAACUGAAGAUGAAAAACAACACUGAAAGUAGUUAAAGAAAGUGGGAAAGUAGUGUAAUGUUGUGUUGUAAAAUGGUGAUUUGGAUAGAGAUUGAACAUCAACACCACGCAAAUUGCAACUCACUAACUUGAUUCUUUACAUUGAUUUCAAAGAGCGAGUUGAUAGAAAACAAACAUAACAUCAUCAGAGAAGAAAAGAAAAACGUAAAAACUCAGAUGAAAACCAAGGGUGAAUUAAGAAAUAACAAAGAGAAAGGAAAGAAAUGGUAGAAAUGGUGAUAAAUGGAGAAACAGUGGGAAAAAAUGGAUUAACAUAACAACACAUACACAACAAAAAGAAACAAAAUCUACGCAAUCUUCUUAACAACAACAACAACAACAGAUAAAAGAAGAACAGAAAACACAGUAAAAGAGUUCGUCGUGAAGUGACGUCAAAGUAAGAAUGAAGAACAAAGGAAAAAAGAAGAAAACAGCAAAAAAAUAAAUAAAAAAUACAUUUUAAAUAUACCGAAAACAAAUUAAUCUCUUUUCCCUUACUAAUUUUUACCCAACUUUGCCUGUCUUCACUCACCACUACUAACCGCGACCAACCCCUCUGCUGCGCACCUUCCCGCGCGUGUGUGUGUGUGUGUGUGUGUGCAAUGGUAACUCAAAGACGCUGAAACCGUUUCCACACAACACCACAACAAAACCUAUGCAUCCGAUGACAAAACAAGCCUUUUCCCUGUCUCUCUUCUGUCAACACUGCUCUCUCCACAUACCCCCUUGCCUUACAAGGUCUCCGCAAGCCCUAUCUCUUCUAAUCUAGCAGUGUGCGUGUUUGAGUGUUUGUGUGACUCUUGCCUGUGUGAAGAGCUCCUGUGUGAGUGUGUGUGUGUGUGGUCUCUCGUCCCCGUACCAUCCGGCAAAGACGAUGAAAUCCCCGCGAACUCGGCCUGUGCGCCUGCAUGGAAGUGAAUCCUAGCGCCCCCACUCCGCGUGUGUGUUUGUGUGAUAUGAGUGACGUGCUGAUGAUGCCUGAAGAAACCAUCCAAGGCGGCAGAUCAAGCGUGUGCGCCUGCUGUGCUGUUUACACGAUCUCUCGAUCAGCCAACCAGAUCGAGCAGAAAUACGUAAGACACAUUCAUUCACCUCAUCCCCGUCAUCCUUUUACACCCAUCAACAGUGCAUGCAACAUCCUCCCCCCCGAACCCCGACAAGUAGUGAUCACAUUAAAGUUGCGAAAAAAAAGCACACGAUCCUCGAGAGAGGAUCAUUGGGGUGUAGCUGUGGCUGUAAAAAGUAGACUGAUUUUACUGAUUUUCUUCUAAUUUAAAUAAAAAAAACCCUAAUUUAUGUACAAAUGCUGUAGAAAGGAGAAACCUAAAUUCCCCUGUAGAGUAGAGAAUGAUUUAGUAGACAAACCCUCUAGCGUAGUGGUUUUAGAGUAGCUUCUGAAGUUUUUUGCCUUUUUAGAGUAGCGCCAUAUGUUUACUUAAUAAGCUGUCCCUCUCUUCGGCAUUCGGCGGAGAUGUGGAAUCAUUGUUUUUUAAUGGUUAUAAUUUCGUUUCUCUCCCCCUUUUUUCUCUCUCUCUCUUUUGCCUCCCACAGUCAAUCCAGAUUUCCAUUAAAGACAGUUUCAAAAUAAA